AUGUCGACCCGACCAAGCUUGAGGGUGUCGACACCCCUUACCGCGAACUUCCCCAGCAUCCCGCCGUCGGCCUCGGAGCUCCGGUCUGCCGUAUCACUGCCCUCGGCCGUUUCCAGCAACACACCGCUGUCCGCCAUCUCGCGGACCUCGGCCUUCCGAGACCCAAUCCCCACUUCCGGUCUUCCUUCUGCUGGGCUUCCUUCCGCCGGACCCUUUAGCGCAACGAUCAAGCUGGAACAUGAGCUCCAGAAGACUCCCAUUACGCCGCCCGUUGCGUAUCUGGACUUCCUAAAGGGCAUGACAUUGGUCUCGCCAUGCCUCGCCUCGCCACCGCAGACUGGGAAGUCAGCCCUCAACCGGACGAGCACCACUAGUACCACGAGCAGCACGAGCAGCGCGCGUAGCAACGAGAGCCUUGACAGCACCACAAGCACCAACACCGAGCCCGAAGAAGAAACCGACAAUGGCAAGGGCGACACAGAAACCGAGGGCGCGCCGUCCACAGCACGGACCGAUAGCAAUGGGAGCAAGGAGAAGGACGGGGACAAGUCCAAGAGCUCGAAACCCGCGCCAAUAGACACCAAGAAGAAGCUUGCGACAACCCCCCGCAAGGUCCCCGAAUGCCCCAUGUCUGCGCCCCCCGCCGGGACUGUCUUCCCUAGCAUGAAGCUGCCCGCCUCGCCAGCCGUCACCACCGCCGGCCUGUACUCCCCACGAUCGCCGCUCAGCGGUGCCUCCGUGCGCUCCCACUUCGACUGGGAGGCCGCACUCAAGUCAAGGCGGUUUGCCGAGACCCCCGGCGGAUCCAAGCGCCCCGCGGCGCCCGAAACACCAGGCCUUCCCGUUACCGCCGGCACACCAUUGACGCCAGGUGGUCACAAGCGCUCCAGCAUUCGGCAUAUCCGGGAGGUUGUCACGCGCACUGUCACUUACACGCCAAGGAUGGCGCCCGCGCCCAAGGGUAAGAGGAGGAAGAUUGACGCCGAGACGGCCGUUCAGUCGUGA